UCAAGAGUGUUGACGGAAGUGAUGUGGAUAUUCGUUCCACUUCCGGUUUGGGUAUCAACAAAACACCGCCCCCAUUUGACUACAUUCGCAACUGUUUAUUUUUCUUUGUAUUAGUGAUUAUUUUUAUUUGGUGUUUGGUGAAAAUAUAACAUCAAAUUUGUUCUUUAAAGGAAACAAUAUAAACGAGUGUUUAUGAGCGAGUGUGAUGUAAAUAUUCCGACGGCAGCAGCAUUCAAAUAACCGACCUGGAAUCGGCUGUACUUUUUUUUUAUCUGCAUUAGCUUGGGCGAACAUGGUGGCAAAUAUGUCACACCAGAACAGCCAAACGUAUACUGAAUAGAAGUCGCUGAGCAACAACGCGGACUGUGAUUGGUCAGUUUCUCCGUUUGUGCUCAGGAACUUCUCUGACUGACCCGACAUAAACAGGGCGGCUGCUGGGGAAAUACACGGAAGGAGGGGGGGUUUAUUUACCCCCAUCCCGACACACAUUGGAAAGGCGAAUUUAAGAGACUGACACCUGACGCGAACGCAAAAUCACAGGUUAGAAGGUAUAAAAAGGGGCCUACAGGCUGACCAUUACCAUGGCUGGCUACACAACGAGGCACUCUCUUUACUGGGAAGAAACAGAGUGCCUCAACUACUAUGGGAUGCUGUCCCUCCACGAGGUCUUCAACAUCGUGGGCUCUCAACUGACAGAGACUGACAUCCAGGUGCUCUCUUUCCUCCUGGAUGAAACCUGCACCGCAGCACACCCCCUGGAUCCUGCGGGUUGGACAGUAAAGCCCCAUGAGGGCGAUCCACCAGACUCGGGCGUCACCCCGAGUCCCAUGCUCCUUACAGCUUGGAAGCGGUUACAGUCCCAGGGCUCCCGACACCCAAUGGUACAAGCUUCGUACAAGUUCAGAAAUGGUCUGGAGUUGUUGUUAGAACUCGAGAGGCGAGGAUACCUCAGCGAUGGAAACAUGGAGCCACUUCUCCAGCUCCUGAGGGUCCUCACACGACAUGACCUGCUGCCUCUAGUGUCCCACAAGAGAAGGAGAACAGUAUCACCAGAACGAACUAAAAGACGACCGGGAGUACAACACAGAGAAUUGUUGUGCACUUCUGGCUUGAGAAGCUCCUACAGACAGACAGAAAUUCCCCUCCCUUCCUUCACGCAGCAGCUAAGAACCGGGGUCAACCCUCUAGUGUCCGGGCGAAGGAAAAGGAGAAAGAAGAGGGGCAAUGGCUGGAGUCGCAGGCCCAAGAAAACCAACAAGCAGGUCCAUCCCUUGCCUCCACCAGCACCUCCUCAGAAAGCAUCAUGCAAUGUCCGCCUAAGGGUCCGAGCUGAAUAUCUGGAGCAUGAAUCCGCCCUGCGGGACGGCGUCUCUUCCGACAAGCAGCAGCUCCUGGAGCGCCAGUUUGAGUUGUUCAGCCAGGCCGACGCCCUGCUGCGCGCCAGGGAUCUGGGAUCCAUCGUGUGCGACAUUAAAUUCACCGAACUGGACAACCUGGAGGCUUUCUGGGGGGACUACCUGAGCGGGGCACUGCUGGAGGCCCUCAAAGGCGUCUUCAUCACGGACUCUCUGAGGGUGGCGGCGGGCUCUGAGGGCAUCCGCUUGCUCAUCAGCGUGGACCAGGACGACUAUGAGGAAGGCCGGAGGUUGCUGAUGGCCAAGAGGAUGCUCUCCUCCAGUACCGGUGGGCACAAAAGCAAACACUGAGGGGAUAUGACUUGACUUUGACUGUUUAUAUACUUGUAAAUUAAAGCCAUAUAGGAAGUGGGAGGGAGGUUGAUGCAAUGCCUUUAUCGUUCACUAGAUGGCAGCAACUACCAUUUGUUGUUUGUUACAGGCCUUCAAACGUUUUUUUAAGGUUGGAUAUUACUUGCAAAGAAAUUUCCUUUUGAAUUCAUGCUCAGGUGCUACUAAAUGAAAAAAUCUUAAAUGGGAGCAGAACCAACAAGGAUACUAGGUGCUUGGACUUUGUAAAAACUCAGGAGGGGACUUGUGCUGCUUAAGUUCAAAAUAUUGUUUGCCAUCAAUAAGUUAACCAGGAUUUAUUCAGUGAGGAGUAACUUUUUUUUUUUUUUUUUUGCACCUAAUGUUGGUGAUAGAACUUAACUUUGGAGAACCAGACCCGCACACUAGCAUGCCAUCUUGAGAUAACCCGUGUAGGAAGAUGGCCCAGCUUGUGAUUGCCGUGGUCAGUGGGCAGCAGCAGUUAGCUGUCAGCAGACCAUGGAGGAGCCGUAGUCUUCCAUCUACCACAGCCAGGAUAAUGUAAAGGCCUCGUGGCCCCAGCAGGUAGCAGGUAGCGCAUAGACAGGACAGUGUGUGUCGGUCAAUACAAGUGAUGUCCUGGAGAUCAAAAUCCAAAGUGCUCACAUCCUGGCUGCACUCAUCCCUGCUAGACUUGUCUAGUCACCCUGCUGGAACUAAUGCCUGGACUUCGCUGGGAGAAAACGAUCAAUAAGACCCCCUUUCCCUCACUCUUAAGAACACUUGUAUAGAAACCACUAAAGCAGACUGGUCUGAGUUACUGGGGUGGUAUGUUGAAAAAAAAAAAAAGUCUACAGGAUAUCUUUUUGUUCAGAUAUAACUUGGUUUAUGUUGUGGUCAGCUAUAUUGGGAAAUAAAUGUAUUAUGGGUGAUUUAUUAUAUUAAUAAAGGUGUGGUGACCCAUU